AUGAAUACACAAUCCAAUACUACUUCUUUUGCAGAUGUACAAUAACAUGAAUAUUUUCAAAAAUUCUUAGUUGGAUAAAAUCUUAUUGAUUCUUCUACAUCUUUUGCAAGACUCAAUAGUAAAACAGUGACAGAAAGAAGUAUUAGAGAAUCCUUUUUGGAAGAACAAAAUUAUGAAGUCAUACUCUAAUAAGUCAUGGCUAGCAAUCUAAGAUUGAUUGACCAAAUAUCAAAAUGCUAAGUAACAGUGAUCCCAUUCAUCAACAGAACCUUGAAUCCCAGGUUCAGUAGUUACAACGAAAGAAUUCCGAACUCACCAUUUAAAUACAGCACUUGUAAGACUCUAAUGCCAAACUCAUGUAAGACUUAGACACUUGUAGAAAAGACAAAUUAAUCCUCUAAGAAGAAAUUAAAAAAUAUGAAAGAGACUAUAAGAAACUCUACUUGCCUGAAUCUAAAUUUAAAUACAAUAAUUUUAUGGAUCUUAACAAAAUACUAAUGAAUAAAACUGAAUCAUCAUUUCAAUUUUAUAAGGAUC